AUCGCGAGCGCGGAGAAGAUUUUUAACAACUUGCUCUUCUCGGUGCUAGUCCGGCAAACCUCGAUUUACGUGAUUGUCCUCAACGCGGCGUCCUUGCUCACGGCGGAUUGCAAGCAGUACGGGUGCAAGAAAAUGCUGAACUUCGUCCGUUUGCUCUACGCAAGGAUCAGCUUUGGCAAGAAUGGGACCAACACCGCAACUGCGUCCGAUAUGAACGACCCCGCUACCAACGUGGUAAACGGGUCCACCUCCGCGAAUGCCAGUAUUCACAAGGAGGAAAAGGUGUUUUUGCAGUUCGGAAACUUCUGGAAGCAGCUCAUGCUCCGCUUCCCCCCAGAGGAGGAGGGAGGUAGUAGUUCCAAGCACAGGAAGCGAAACAACGGCCACCCGGUCAAUGCUUCCAGUACUACAACUUCCGCGCAGCAGACCUCCAGCAAGCACGUCGCUUUGAAGGACAAAGAGGAAGACAAAAAACAGCUGCGCGAACUGGCCGGGAAACCGACCGAGGAAAAUUACAAGCUGAUUUCCGCGAUCGUUUGCGACCAGUCACUGUUGCUGUAUCGAAGAAAAAAACUUUGUUAGCGUAACUUUGUGAUGCCCAACUUGCAAGAUGAUUGCGUCUGUCAUGCUGGGCAUGCAUUGUAGGGCCCACGAUUCAGUGGCGUUUUCACAUUCGCGUGCUAUCUGCGCAUAACAGGUUUUUGCUCUCAUGCCAGACGGAUUUGUCAUGCUGUUCCUCGAAGAAAGUUACGCCUACAGUCUUUUUUUCUUGGAUAUGCUAACGAAGCCGGAUAAUGCAACUUCCUCCAAAGGGACAGCGAAUAUCAAGCUGCCGGACACGCCUUCUUCUACCCCCACUGCUGGACGUCGACGAACAAAUGGUCUUACCUCACCGACCAACUGCCUGCAGAACAAUUUCGCGAGUAACGAAGAGAAGUUGCAGUUCCUCUGUGAAAAGAUCGCGAAAGAGUUCGACUGCGGACUAAAUUUCUACGAAAAAUUUGACGAAGAGCAAAAGGACUUUUUGAAGAACAAACCCUCGUCCACCUCACGAGCAGACGAAAGAAGUGCCCCCGCAGCUGGAACAAGUGUUUUAACAUCGAUGUCCACUGGAGUUCCCUUAUCGUCGUCCGCCGGAACAGCAGCCACUAGUGCGUCGGCGUCCGCAGGAGGAGGACCUGCUUCGUCGACGCACAACCACCCGCAGAGUUGUAGCGGUGGUUUGCAAUCCUCGGGUCUGACGUCGAGCAGUAGUUCUUCUUCGUUUUACAACGACCAGCGACAGUCCAUCAUCGAGGAGGAGCUUCUUCUCGGCUCCACCUCGGUGCUCGACGCCCGUGGGUCCGGUUUCCGGUUUCAACCGAGCAAAGUGGAAAUAUACGAAUUCGACACGGACGGCAGAACCAAUCGCGACCUCGCGGCAGGCCGACUGCCCACGUCACAACUGAAUACCAGCGCGAGUAGCAGAAUAAUUGGGUUGGAAAAUAGUGUUUUUGACGAAAAUCAAAAUCGUGACGUUGUUCCGCAUCCGCACGGGGGGAAGAACCCGACUACUAGCGCAAGAACGCCUCCUUCCUCGAGUAGAAAUCCUAACCAAAGAAUCGCAGGCUCUUUUGCAGAUGACGACAACCUUACGGCCGCGCCUUCAACUAGUACAGCACCUGCAACGACGAUUGACAUGCCGUAUGGCCAUGUCUGUUGUGGGGGCACGUUCGACGUUCCACUGCACAAUGGGCACAAGUUACUACUCACCGAGGCUCUUUUCCUGACCAAGCAGCGGCUCGUCGUGGGGAUAUGAAUUGCAAAAGUGUCGUACUCGGUCGUAUAAAAGCAUUACAAAUUUCCUCAGCAUGAGAAAUAAAAUUUGUAAUGCGGAUUUAUCUUAGCAAAGGGAUUUGUAAUGCAUGACUGCAAUACGAGUGCGAUACUUUUGCACAGGAUAGGGGAUCUCGGGCGACGACUCCCUUUUGUUAGAAAAGAAGAAAUUCCGCGACUUGAUCGCGUUGGAGCAGAAACGGGGUGAGCAGGUGGAACUGUUCCUGAAAGAGCAGAUGCGGCUGAUGCCGAUCUACCAGCCCUCGAAUUCGGUGUCCGCCCAACAACGGCAGUUCCCCCGGGAGCGGCCGAAGGCGAAGCUCCCGAAGGUGUUCGUCACUUUUCUGCAAGACGCCGCGGGCCCGGCGGGCACGGACCCGCAGCUGGAAAUGAUUGUGGUUUCCGCAGAAACGAAGUCGGGUGCGGAUUUUGUGAACCGGUGUCGCGUAUCAAAUGUAAAAAUGUCCGGGUCUGGAAGAAUGCAACUUGUCAUGCUAAAUCUCAAGCAUGCAAAAAUCUGUGUUGCAUGAUUGCCAAAAGUCCUCCAGUUUUGACCAAGUCGGGGGGGAGUUUCUCAUGCAGGAUAGGCAUGAGAGAGAUCUUCGCACAGAAUCUGUCACGCCAGGUCCUGCAUUGCAGACCUCAUGGGUCAUUUGGAAAAGCUGCGGGACAAAUCGCGCACUCUUCCAGACCCAGACAUAUUUGCAAUGCAUAUCGCGAAGCCGAGAGUCAGAGGUACGCGGAGCGGAAUCAGAUGGGUUACAACCGCGCAAUGCCGUAUAUGGAGUUCUCAAGUGUUACACUUUCAACUGUUACAUGAAUUUGCAAUGCAAGACUGGCAUAAGUGAAAGAAGGAAGAUUGCGCCUUUUGCAUUACAAGUUUGGCGCAGAUUUCGAUGCUGUCUAGCCCUCCCGAAAUUUGUCAUGCGAAGCAGCUCGAUCAUCUGCCGGCUUACGGUGCUUUUCCAUGACAAAUUCGUGUAGCAGUUGAGAAUGUAACGUUUGAGAACUCCAUACCGUACUUGAAAAACUUAGCGACCCACGUAAUCAACGACGGCGUUCUCGUGCAGCCGGAAACCUGUGUAGCCAGCUCGCAAGGAGGUGGAGCCGGGACAUCCUCCUCGGCAGCAGGAGCAGUUGUGUCUGCUUUAUUUGCCACAAGCGGCCAUGUCUCAUCUUCCUCGGCUCCUACUUCUAGGCAGAAGAUGAACCCUCAGCAGACGGUUGCGGACUUUCUGGAAGCCAAGACCUCUUCCUCCACGCAGCGUUUCCGGAAACUGGGGGCGUUUCUGCCCCACAUCACGUUUCCCGGGGAUUGCUUCGACCUUGUUCCUGCUAUGCUAGUACCGAGCAGUGGUGCUCAGAUGUUGACCACCGCAAACAACCUGAGUGCCGGAGAGCAGCUACUACAGGAACGAAAUUUGUUGAUACAGAAGCUUUACGAGAAACGAUUCUCCCUGUACGGACAGUGUGAAAAACUGCUCGCGCAGACGAUUUACCAGGUCACGAAGCGGAUGCUGAAAGUGGAAGAUAACUACAUCAAGAACUACGGCGCGAGCAACUUGGAGACGACAUCAUCUUCUACCUCCGUAGUAGUUCCACCUCCAAGAACUAGUACACGACCUCCCGCUCGUCCCGCAUUGGACCCGAAGUUGCACCUCCUGUCGAAGUAUGAACUGCAAAAGUAUAAUCGUACUCGUAGUAUUGCAACACAAAUUUCCUCAGCAUGACAAAAAGAUUUUGUCACGCUGAUUUAGCUAGAAAAUGAAAUUUGUCUUGCAUGACUGCGAUUAGUACGAGUGCGAUGCUUUUGCACAGGAUACGAAGAAAGCAUCGCAGAGUUUGAAAAUGGCGAAACCACUCCCCGUCUACGUGAUUGGGCUUUGUGGGUCUUCUGGGUCGGGCAAAACCACGAUCGGAAAAAUGCUGCAGGAAAAAUACGGCUUCAUUUACGUCGAUUGCGACAAGAUUGGGCGGGAGGCGUACGAAGACCCAGAGUCAGAGUGUUACAAGCAGAUCAUCGAGACUUUCGGGCAGGUGAACGUCGUGGCGAUGACCAGCGAGGAGGAAGAAAGGAUAAUUACCCUUGCAACUACAAUAAGUGGUGCACUAUCAACAUCUGCUUCUUCGGCGCAACAAGAGCAACCGCAAGUCCGGGAGCUGCACAAGUAUUACCCAGAGCUCGCUGGGCGCCAAAUUGACCGCCGGAAACUGGGCAAAAUUGUGUUCAGCGACAAGGCGAAACGAGAACAGUUGAACGGCAUCGUCUGGCCCAGCAUUUGGCAAACCGCUUGUCUUAUCAAAUGCAAAUAUGUCUGGGUCUGGAGGAUUGGGGAAGUUUGUCAUGCAAAUUUUGCAUGACCUACGAUGUCGAUGAUGCAUGCUUUAGCAUUACAGGUUGUGUGAAGGCUCUCUCAUGCCUAUUGUCAUCGGUAUUGACGUACACCCAGUUUCUGUCUGAAUGCAAAAAUCAUUACUACUAUCGGUAUUCGUUCAGAGCAUAUUUAUUCGGACCAUCGUACACCUAUCGUUGUAGUAUCGUACACACUAUACUAGCUUCUAGCAUAGCGUGCUAAUCUGAAUGCAAUGACGAUGAGAAACGAUACAGAUGAAAAGAAGACCGAUGUGGAUUUUUGAAUGGAACGAUGUCAGGCUUGUUUGUGAACCCAAUAUACGCGCAAUACUGGAAUUCACAAUUGGUAACACCCCAAUACGAUUGAGGAUCGUAACCUCUAUGAAAGUUUCCAAAUUUGUUGUUCACCACAUUUACAGGAAACUUCACAUGGUAGCGGAUUUUAUUUCUUUCUUCACUUUAAAAUUUUUAUAGUAGCAUGACAAAUUCGAAAAAUAAAUAGUUACAGUUUUUUACAUAGCAUAAAAAACAAAAUACAUAACUCAACAGUUUUAUACAGAAGCAGCAUCACAAAUUCAAAAUAACACAAGUAAAAACGCAUAAAUCAAGUAUAGUAUACUUCUAAUCUCCAUGUAAAUCAUAUAAUUUUCCACAUACAACUUUUUUGAAAAACAUGCCUAUUUUUAAGUAGUUAGCUCGUGUUUCGCAUUACAAGUUCUUAUAUCGCAUCACCUUAAUUCUAAGUAAAAAUCCCUUACUUAACAUUACAAAUUUUCCAUCUUAACAACCCCAAAAAUGUUCAAUCCUUUCGAUUCCGGUGCGGAGUACCCUCCUCCGCCACAUCCAACAGGACAACACGCAGCGGGACCGAGUCCAAUGGCAGGCGAAACGCAGCCGAUUACGCCCGAAGAGUUUCGGGAGACCAUGAGAAGACUCGGACAGCUGACCCAAAUGAUCGAGCCGAUCGCGCGGCAUCUCCUCGGCCAAGCAAAUACAGCGGGAACGACGCCGCCCCAGCCGGGGAACGCCAUGCCGAACAUGCAGGCCCCGGCCACAGCUUCGCCCCCGCUCAGCCGCUGGGACUAUCAGAAAGCCGCCCCCAAGUUGCAAGAACUCGGGCAGUUUAACGCCUACAGCCGGGACCUUGUGGGCUAUCUUUCUAAUUUGCGAAAAUACGGGAUCGAGGAAAGCUUAGGCCUUCCACAAAUCAAGCAAGCAAUUUCGUUGCAGGCAGUGCAUACGCAUCUGGCUACGCCAACAGUGGCGGAAUCGUUAACCUACGAUACCAUGCUGGAACAGAUUAGGGAGGCUCUGUUCGGCGAUCUCCAGAUGCAUCUGUUUUCGGAAGUGUGUCGGUUGGUGGAAAGAAACAGCGACACCGGGGACCUGGUGACGGCGCGCGCGCGCUUCCAGCAGAGCGCGCAGGCGCUGGCGCAUCUUCCACGAGAAGAGUUUUUAGGUCUUCUGUACUUAAGAUCGUUCGGAUUAACUCAGCUGCAGACGGGACAAAUUUUGGGCGCUUCCGCGUCCUACGCGUUCAAGGACAUUGACAAGCAAGUUGUCAAGUGUCUUGCGUCGUUUGCAGGCCGGGAGGAAAGCGCCACAGCCGCAGCAGGAAAAGGAAAACAGCGAUGGUAUCCGAACUAUGCCAAUUAUCGCGGGUUGACCUACGGUUCAGGUUCUCCGUCGUCGAGCGCCCACCACGGGAAGCCGAGCGGCAAGAACAACAGCAAGGCCAAAGGAAAAACGUACACCCCGAACCGCCCAGGACCGGGGAAAGGCAAAGGAGGCAAGUCGCGUUUCGGGUGGAAAGGAAAAUCUUCGCGCUACGCAGCAGGGGCUGUCGGCGAAGAUGACGAGUACGAAAACGACUAUCCCUACGAAGAGUGGGAUGGUGAGUACGACCACAACGACGACUACGACUACUACCCCGAGGAAGAACAGGAACAGCCGAAGGAAGAACAAGAGACCGAAAAAGUUUCUGCUGCUUUCUUGUCGUUCGAAUCGCCCCAGUCUAUGGCGGUGGAUACGGGCUGCGCUAGCAGCCUGGUGGGACAAGAAACGUUGGAUGCUAGCAAGCUGGCUUACGACUUGCAGGAGGCUAGUCCGGUCAAGUUUGCGUUUGCCGACGGCAACAACAGCACCAGCACGCAGAAAGCCGCUUGCUUCGUGUUCGGAGCAUCCAGAACCUUCCGAGUGGUUCAGGGAGCGACCCCGUUCCUGUUAGGGUGCAGCGAUCUCGAGGCGGUCGAUGUUGUCAACAAAACUUGCAAGCUGAAAAACUGCAAAACCCCGAAGCAGUUGCAAAAGGAAAAAGGAAUCCUGGUCGUCAAGGGCGACCAGACUUGCGUCUAAGGCAGUGGAGCGAGGAUUCUGGAAUCACUUUACAAGAAAUAUUUGUCGAGCACUGGAAAACCGGACACGCCACAAAGACAAGACAAAUUCGCCACGAGUUUCGCAAUUCUCGAAAGUAAAGGAUUUCCAGAUAAAGAUAGUUCCGGUAUCGUAUCCUGGAGAAUACUGUCAGACGUAGAAGCCCUAGCAAUGGCGAGGAUGAUAGCAACUACAAUGGCGCGAACACGCUACGCACCACGUAGACCACGAGCAGCCACCUUCGUUUCCACAAAAGUAGGAGAAUGGAUGGCCCUCGACAUCUAUUACUAUUCUCAGUCGGUAUUUCUCGGAGCACCAAAAGAGAAUGAGAUGUUGCAUGCUAUCGAUCUCCACUCGAGAUAUUCCCGAGGUCACAAGCCCCCCUCCAAAAACGUCAAAACGGCGGAUGUUAUCACUUUCCUCAAGGAGCUGAAGGAAAAGGGAUUUCUUCCGCGCAAUUUGAUGGCCGACCCUGGAAGACAGUUCAUCUCGACCGAGCUCCGAGAUUUCUGCAAGCAAGAAGGAGUCAGUCUCCAUCUUCUUCCCAGCGAGGAGCACUGGGAAAACGGAAUCUGUGAGCGCAGACACAAGGUUUUCCGAGAAGUUACGUUUCGGCUCAGACGCCUGGGCAACACGAGAAACGGAACCGAACUUCUGAAAAAGGUCAUAAACGCAGUCAACCUGCAGAGCAGUAGCGUUCUACCCGACAAGAUUUCUCCUUUCGAGGCUGAAUUCUGUAGGACGCCUAGUAAUGUUCGCACGUUUCUGGACCAACAAACGGAACAAAUUCCGGAAAAGUCGUCCUUUCUGGAAGAGUUUCGCGAGCGGUUGCAAAUCCGCCAGAUGUUGGAACAAGUUGCAGUUGACAAGGAGUUUCUGAAGCGUUUGGAAAUUCGCCGGAAACCGAAGGAAGAUGAACUAACUCCGGGAGCAGCAGUGGAAUACUAUUCCGAAGUCGAUCGAGCCUGGUUAGGGACCAAAAUAAUCGGGCUGGAGGAAGGACACGCAGGCAGACCGAUCUACCUGCUUUACGGGAAAUCGACUGGAUAUCAUGUGAGGAAGAGUGGUUCUCAGUUGCGAGUCAUCCCAUCGCUAGAGUUUUCAGCGCAUCCAAUUUACCAGCACUACGCACGGCAACAAGCUGCAAAAGCACUACCCAACAGCAGCGCAGUACCAAAAGAGGGAGCCCCUCACAGUGUAGCAAAAGCAAAGUCCGUAUCGCAUGCGCAAGUACUAAAUCCGCAUGCUCAUGCAAAUCUUCAAUCCGAAAGUCAGUCGAUUCAUUUUUCUAAAAACGCCUCUAGUUCUAGUUCAAGUAACAGUCCGAAUGUCGCAGAUCAGCAUGCUACUACCACUACUACCAGUACGACUAGCACUAAAAAUUUGACAGUUCCGCAAGGUGCUGAAGCACCAAAAGCAAAAGCACAAGCACCACCCAAAGCAAAAGCAAAAGCCCCGCCCCAAGCCCCUGAGUCACCUCCCGCAACUUCUGAGGAAGAGGAGGACGAAGAGCCCGACCCGCGCACGCUACGCGCGGAACGUAGGCGCCGUGAGCGCGAAGCGCGAUGGGCGCAAGCUUUUCUUGCGGCGGAAUCAGGUGGAGACAUUUCGUUUUCACUUGAUGAGAGCCAAAAAGAUUUGCUUUCUAGGUUGACAAAAGAGCGCUACGAACACCACUCAGGGCAUCGGGUGAUAGUUGACAAAGGGCAGGAAGUUUUUCAGUUUUUCGCAGCGCAAACCAGCAGGGAGAUUGCGUUGAUGAAAAUCAACAAAAACUGCUACACGGUCAAAAGUGAUUUGAACUGGAAAAAGCGCUACGAUGUUUUUCACUUUGUUUUGACCAAAGACGGUUUUUUCAGCAGAAAGAAGCACGGCGACAAGGUUAGUGGAUAUGAUUUUGUCUUUUCGCUAGCCUGUCUACGCCGCGUCGACUUGCCCAGUGUGACUCUUUCCCUUAAGCCGGAGGAGAUCAAAUCUGGCAAUGUCGAAGUGUCCUACAACUUCUUGAUCGACCAUGGUCUACAGCCCGAAGCGUUCAAGGCGUUGAACAAGGAAACUGGUAGCAUCAAAGACAAUGAUGUCUACGAGUUGCCGCAGGGAGAUGUGGAUCAAAGUCGAGCCAUGGAGUCGCGAAUCGUGUGGACAUUAAAAAUAGACACGAUAAAAGGCACGCUAAAGCGUGUGAAAGCAAGGUGGGUUGUUCGCGGUUUUCAGGACCCACGAAAAGGUUCUGAGGACAUAAGAACGGACAGCAGCAUGAUCAGCGAAGCAGGCUUGAAGACGUUCCUUGUCUUUUCCAAGCAACAUGGAUUGGACAUCGGGAGUGGCGAUAUCGAGACUGCGUUUCUGCGUGGUUUCUAUUUCGACCCCAACGAAAAGCCGCUCUACAUCACAGUACCCGCAGCGGUUCGCAAGUGCAAAAUCAUUGAGGCGCCUGUCAUUAGGCUGAAAAAGUGACUCUAUGGUUUAAUCGACGCACCCGAACGCUGGCAGGCAGCUCUGUUCAAGCGGUUAAAAGAACUCUGCGCCUGGUCUGUGACAGCUGACCAGAAUCUGCUUUAUUUUGUUGUGGACCAAAACAACAAUCUAAUCCCACCACCCCGCCCAGUUUACACAGAAGACACAGCAGCACAAAUCCAAUCCGACCCGACCUUUCGGCACGAGCCCCCGCAGGGCGGUCGUAUCAUUGGAACUAUGUGCGUUUUUGUUGAUGAUUUGCUGUAUUCUGGCGGUGAACUUUUCAAAAAGUUAGUACUGGCACCCCUGGAAGAAACUUUUUCGUUUGGUUCCAAAGAGGAUUUGACGUUUUCCAACCCUGUGAACUACGUCGGGCAAAAGCUCGCGCUGAACACCGACCACAGUUUUCGACUUUCGCAGGAGCACUACACUUCUAAGAUCGUCGAAAUUCCAAUUCCGCAUGGUGUUGAUGCGGAAUCGCGUGAGCCGUUCACACAGAAGAACAAAGACGGCAAGUGCCCCUACCGCGCACUUAUCGGCAAUUUGCGAUGGGCCACGCGUUCGCGCCCUGAUAUCGCAUGCCCAUUGUCGAUUUUGAGUUCAGUCAUGGAGCAUCCGACCUGGUCGGACAUCCACAAGCUGAACAAAGUCGCGCGCACAGUAGCACACAGGUUGGAUUUUAGCACUAAUUUUUUCAAGCUGCAAGGACCCCUUCAGCUAGUCUCUUUCAGCGACAGUUCGUUUAAAGGCCGACCAGAUGGCGAGUCUCAGACUGGAUUUAUCAUUUUUCUCAGCGAGAUGACUCCGGGCCCAUCUAGGCGCGCUAUUCCGAUGCGUUGGCAAUCGAUCAAGCAAGCGCGGCGGUCGUCAUCGCCCGCAGGUUCUGAGUUGUUAGCGUUGCGCGGUGCGCAUGCUGAUGCAAAGUAUCUGCAGGGUAUGCUUGUCGAAGUCGGAACUCUUGAUGCUAGUACGCCUAUCCUGUGUCUAACCGAUUCAUCCGAUAACGUUAGCACAGCCGGCACUACGCACAAGAUGAAGCGCGAAACGAACUUGAUGUCUGAUGCUGCGAUGCUACGCCAAGAACAAAAAGAAAAGCUUAUUGAUGUGCGCCACAUUCCGCGCGAAAUCAAUAUUGCUGACGAGCUCACGCAUAUGGCGUCCUAUCCCAGGAUGAUCAUUAAAGCGUUUGCAACUGGCCGCAUCCAAGUCAGCACCUAAAUCCAAGCCUUGAGCUGAAUGGUUCGGAUGCGGGUAAGUUUUUUGAGACAAUUUCUUUUCGUUUUUUGGCAAUUUUUGUUGUGAUUUUUCACUUUUUGUUGCAAGCUCACCCGCACUCUUUUUGCCUGAAGAUUUUUUUUCUUUUGUGCACAUCCCUCCGUGAGACUUUUUGCUUCAAUUUUUUGCCUAAGACCCCCUUUGUUUCUCGUGUUUUUCCACGCAUCAUGCUGUUGUUUUUUCUGGUUUUCAUUUGCACACUUUUGUAUGUCUGCAGCGAAGCUCGCUGCUAUUACGCAACCAAUAGAGGGUAUCUGUUAAACCCAUUGAUUUUGUAGUAGUGUCCUUGUUUAUCUUUGCGUCCAUUUUUGUUCACGGUAGAUUUAUUUUGACCUCCAAGUUUAUCAUGCUGUAUCCCAUGCGCAAUACAGAUUUACUUUUAUUUCAGGAGCCUGUAUCCCAUUAUGAUUUUCUAAUUUCAUCUUCGAAAUAGCACCUAAAAUAUUUACUAGAAUUACUAUUUUAUACUAUUUUACAUGCUAUUUCAAAUGGAGACGGGGGAAUGUCAUCGGUAUUGACGUACACCCAGUUUCUGUCUGAAUGCAAAAAUCAUUACUACUAUCGGUAUUCGUUCAGAGCAUAUUUAUUCGGACCAUCGUACACCUAUCGUUGUAGUAUCGUACACACUAUACUAGCUUCUAGCAUAGCGUGCUAAUCUGAAUGCAAUGACGAUGAGAAACGAUACAGAUGAAAAGAAGACCGAUGUGGAUUUUUGAAUGGAACGAUGUCAGGCUUGUUUGUGAACCCAAUAUACGCGCAAUACUGGAAUUCACAAUUGGUAACACCCCAAUACGCUUGAGGAUCGUAACCUCUAUGAAAGUUUCCAAAUUUGUUGUUCGCCACAUUUACAGGAAACUUCACACCUAUACUGCAUGAGAAAUGCCUUCUCGGAAUAGCAAAAAUCUGAGUGCCGGCUGCUCCUCAUGCAAUACAGGUUUUUGAAUCAUCGAAAGUUAGCAUCACAAAUUUCAUUCUUUCCAGACCCAGACAUUUUUGCAUUUGAUAUGUCUGCAGAUCGCAGAGGAGGUACGGAUGGAAAAAGCUUUGAUGUUCUGCAUAGAGAGUAGUACAUCAAGUAGCUAUGUUUGCAUCACAACCUCAACCUCCAACCGCAUUUUUUGAUAUUAAUGCCGGCUCUGCAUGACAGACCUUGAUAAAAUUCAAAAACUUCACCACAGGUCGAAGAGUUUGAGUGUGCCUACAGGCAGCUGCAAGAAGAAAAAUCCGCUUCCCAACGGAAUUCCCUGGUUACUGACCGCAACCGUGGUAUCAAAUGCAAAAGUGUCUGGGUCUGGAAACUUGUAAUGCUGCGUUGGGAAUAGUGAACGCUCUGUAAUGUUGCACAGCCAAGCAUGAAAAAUAUCUGCGCUUCUUUGUGUUGCGUGUUUCGCAUGACAAACUGCGUUUUUGCAUGACAGGCAAAAGGGUCUCUUCUUUGACACGCGUCACAAACUUUUUGGUCAUGCUAGACAAGCAUGACAAAUCUCGCAAUCAUCUUCCAGAGCCAGACAUAUUUGCACUUGAUACGUGGCACCAGCAAGCAACGGAGUCGGUCGAAGAGCAACAAUAUCCUGUGCAAAAGUAUCGUACUCGUAUUGCAAUCAUGCAUUACAAAUCCUUUUCUUAUGGUCGAUCCGCAUUACAAAUUUUUUUUCUCAUGCUGAGGAAAUUUGUAAUGCAUUUAUACGAGUGCGAUACUUUUGCACACGAUAAACAAAGAUAAUAUGCAGGUCGCAGAAGCAGCGCUGGGAAAAGCGGAAGCGCUUGCGAGGAAUGUAACUGUUGCCGUUAACAAAGGAGGGCAACAGGACGCUGCGCCGGAAAUAACAGUCGAUGAUGAAAGCAAUCAGCCGUCUGCAACAUCGGCGAACACCAAGAAGAAUAAACGCAACUGGAAAACCGCACUCCAGUUUUGCAGCAAUCGCAUUGUUAUGCAAUGCAAAAGUACUAUAAUCGUACUAGUAUAAAUUGCAUUACAAAUUUUCUCAGCAUUAAAAAUGGAAUUUGUAGUGCGGGUUUAACUUGACAAAGAAAUUUGUGAUGCAUAAAUACGAUUUGUACGAGUAGUUUUGCAAUGCAUAGUUGUCGCGGUUCUGGACGCUGCUGUGUUGCUGGAGGCCCAGUGGCCCUGUGACGAAGUCUGGUAUGAGAGUGCACAAGAACUGCUCCCGCUCCCCCUGAUAUGUUGUAUUGCAUGAAGAGCAUGACAAAAAGAAUAAACCAGUACAGGUGGACCCGGUGCUGCAUGACAAAUUCAUACGCCGAGUGUAGUACUGUUUGGAACUUGUUCCAUCGGCGGAAUUUGUCAUCCACGCGGUGCCACAAGGAGGUAUAGGUAACAACUGGAUUUGGGUUUUUGCAUGACAAAUGAGGGGCAGUUGUAGGGGGAGUAGUUGCGCACUCUCAUAUCUGGUCGGUCUUCUGUAACCGGGAGGUGCAGGUGGAGCGGAUUAUGGCACGGGAUCACAUUAUGCAAGAAAAAAACUGUGUAAGUGUAACUCUGUAAUGCAGACCAUGCAACAGAGUUACACCUGUCAUGCCAGACAACCAUGAAGUCCUCUUUUCGUGUGUGUUUUCCCUUUCGAGCCACGCAUGACAGGUUUUCUCUGUCAACACGUAGAGCAAAUUUGUGAUGCUGUCAGCCAAAGAAAGUUACACUAUACGCAGUUUUUUUCUUGGAUACACAUCACGCAGGAGCAGGCCGAAAACAGGCUGGGCGCGCAGAUUUCGAACAAGAAGCGCGUUGCCGUGUCGGACGUCGUUUUGACUUCGCAAUUCGACCGGUUUGGGGAGCCGGUUAGAACCGCUGCUGCUGCUGCGCCAGUUGUUGUAGACAAGGGUAUUACAACAACAUCCACCACGGCUACGACGACGUCGACCCCCAAUGCGGCGGGAGUUCCUGGAACAAUUUUAAGCACCUCGUCGUCGUCGUCCCCACCAACCCGGACUGUUGAAGAACUGAAUAGGAACCAGCAUUUACUCAGCUUCACCGUGCACAAAGCGGUCACGGAGCUGCUGGAUCGGGUCGAAACGCUGGUGGAAUACGAUGCGGAGCAGGUUGUGCGUGCCGGGACGAGCCAGCAGAUGAGAUGGAGACCUGGGCCGCGAGGAACAUCAAAUAGGCUGAAAAUCGACCUCGAAAAUAAUCCAGGAAACGAAAAUCAAGUAUCAGGCAGCAAGCAGUUAUUUGAGGGAACUCACGAGCUGGAACUACCGGCUGGUACUGGUGCCCACCCGGAGAAUAUCUCUUCCAGCAAAAGAAACUUGGUGGAGCGGAUGCUCCGGGAUGCCGAUCAUGCGAAUUCCUGUUCCCCACCUACUUCUUGUCCACCUCCGGCCGCCGCAGUGAAGAAGGUGUGUUCAUCUCCUGCUCCCGCUUCUAGUGGAGGAGGCGGUUCUUGUGCCAGCACAGGAGCUGCUGCUGCCCCCACAGCACGACCUGCUGUCGUCGUCCGCGAAGAUGCUGGGCGACGAGAUGGCGUGCCGCGCGGCGGGGACAACAUGGCGAUGGCCGCAGGAGGAGCUCCACAGUCUAGUACUUCUUACCUCCAACAGGACGACAACCUGCUCAAAAACAAAAACGCGGUCGUGCACCAAGAGCAAGAUCCGGGACAACUGCAUCAUGAACAUCAUCUUCCGGGACAACUACAGACUUGUAGCGGGGAAGACCACGAUAUGGAUGUGUCAGAGUUGAAAUCGACAAAGUUGAAAUAAUUUGUGAUGCAUAAAAUCUAUACCAGUUCGACCCACAGUUUCCAAUCGGUGCAUGACAAAUUUUCCUGGCCUCUGAAGCACGUCUGUCAUGCUGUUUAGGGCAAGAUGGCUGCUCCCUGUCAUGCUAGUCAGCAGCCCAAUUCUUGACCCUUACCAGCACUAGAAUCUGCCUCCCUUGCGCCUUCAGCAAUAGAGUCAGUCUUUGUGUCGCAUUUUAUGCAUGACAAAUCAUUUCAACUUUGCGGAUUUCAACUCUGACACCUCCAUACACGACGGUCCUCGUGGUACAGCAGAUACUUCUGAUCCUUCUCUUAUGGAACUGUCAGGUUUGAAAUCGUCAAAGUUGAAAUAAUCUGUAAUGCAUAAAAUGCAUGACCCGAGGUACGUGUGUUGCAGAGCAGGCAAGUGAGGCCGAUUGUAAGCCUGUUUGGGGUUACAGCUCGAGCUGCUAAAGUAGCAUGAGAAAAUCUAAAUCACUAUUCUUUGCCUAAACAGCAUGACAAACUGGAUUUAGGGACCGCCGAAAUUUGUCAUGCGCCACUUGGAAACUGGGUUCCAACUGGCAUCCAUUUUAUGCAUGGCAAAUUAUUUCAACUUUGUCGAUUUCAACUCUGAUGAAUCCAUAUCUCUGCCAAGAGCACGACCAUCCUUCGCCGACCGUGUCGCAGUCAUGGCACAGCCACGUGGAAGUGCGGAAUAUUGGCGCGGUGGGCUGCACAUGCACAAGCUGCAAACCGACCAUCUCGUCGGGCCCCAGAUGUUGAACAAGGGUCGUGGUGGGCCAGUAUGUUCAAAUUACCCGAUCAUACAACAAGCAGUACCCUCGACACCAUAUGGAAAUGAGAAUACCCAACAUAGCGCGGCAGGAGUUGCGAUGGCGGCGCCGUUGGAUGAUCAUGUGAACAACUAUCCAGGUGGAUUCGGGGGGCGGCAGGGACACGACCAGGGGCAUGACCAGAUGAACAAGCAGCAGCAGUACCACCAUGACCAGGACAACCACUUCUAUCAGCAGCCGUCGUGGACGACGAGUUCUAAGCAGCAGUCGCGCGAUGUUGACAAUUUUUACGACGAUCGGAAUAAUUACAUGGCUUCUAAUUCUACUAGUACUGCUCCACGACCAACAGGAGUGCGGCCCCUGAAUAAUUUUGUUUCACAAGAACUACAUCCACAACCAGCUGUAGGGCGGGCGACGUCUACUGCACAUCAUUACUACAAAGGAGUAUCGUGCAGCACCUCGGAGUUGGAUUCCAAUUUUUACAGUGUCGGGAAAAAUUAUAAAGGAGGUCGUGCGAAAAAUAGCCCUACGUUUGGAGGUGGAGGUCGUGGUGGACCACAAUUCUCGUACUACCAAGAAACAAGCAGGCAGCAACAGGAGCAAAAUUGGAACGGCAAAAAUUACAACUCCGAAAACAGCAUGAUGCCCAGAAGCAACGUAUCCGGAGCUUGCACGCCGCGGGGGAGCAAUCGGGACAAGAAUCGGGAUCAGUCGUACUUUCAUCAGUAAAAACUGAAAGAAUGCAAAUGCUGGCCGUAAAAAUCAAUAUGAAAUUUAUGAAUUCUCGAAUCUUUUAUUUAGAACCUACUUGGAUUUUGUUUAUCUUUAUACUAAAUGCUUCUAUCAAAUGAGGACUGGCAAUGUUAAGUAAGUUCUCAACAACUACAUCUGAUUGCAACUAAUACGAAUUACUCUUGUAUUGUUUUUUCUUCUUCUUUAUACGUAUGCUUAUAGCAGAAAUAGGUUGUUCUUCUUCCAGACUCCGCGCGACACUAGGUCUUCAGAAGACAAAAGUCUUUAAACAUUGAACGACUUGCAAGGAGGGUGUAAAAGAUAAUUAUCACUAUCUCUAUCAAUCUAUAGAAUUGACGCUAAUGUACUGCUUCUGCUUCUCUACUUUUUAAUCGGUAGCAUUGAGACGCUGCUUCUCUACUUUUUUAUCAGCGACGAGGGUGUGCGAUGAGUCGCACUAAAGAGACUCUUUUGGUAGCUACAGAAAAAAAUAUUCGAGGGAGCAGCAUUAUCCUUAAGCGAGGAUCAUGGCUUCCCUGUUUUGUAAAGUACACGACACAGCAGGAAUAAAAAAAAGUCUAUACGGAUUCUUUACGGGCUGGGGAUCAUGGUCUUGAAUAGCAUAACAGGAAAAAUGAAAACUGAAAAAUACUAUGAUUAUGAAGCUGGGUGGAAGGUUCUUCUAUUUUCACUUGGGCAGUAGGCCACAUGAAACAAAUAUUUGGAAAUAGGGCGACGAGGGGUAAUUAUGUUACCUUACUGCCAAUCAUGAUUAAAAAUGCCGUCAGACCACAAUGGGUUUUUUUGCGUAGUGAUAUCUUCUUGAAAUGAAAGACCAAAAGGAUAAUAAAGCAAUAGUAAAAAAGCGUUGAAAUUAUAGGGGAAAAGCAAAACGUAACACUUUCCUGUGUAGGUGCUGCUGUAGCGCCGCUCUGGAGGUUCUUUUCUACUUUAUUGUCCUGUUGGUUACUAGUUUCUACGUUGAAACACAGGAAAAAUAGAGCGGUCAUCAUCUUCUCAAUGAAUACGCUUGAAGAUUCUUGGGGUUGCUUUAGGUAAAAUCUACCAAAAAACUCAAUGCUGAGUGAAAUUGAGGCGGAGCAGAAGCAGUUCUACUUUCUGUAGUUUCACUACGUGCUCGCCUUCCUGUAGUUUCACUUUCUAAAUUUUGCUGCAGUUGUUACCCCCUAUUUUGGAUUGUUCUAGUCUGGAGUUUUAGUUCUCUUCUUUUGCAUCUGUGUUUUCCGCUUGUUUGGUACAGCUUUUUGAUUUUGCGGCAGGGGGGCAGCGGAUAUUGUAUUCUAGUUGGGGGCUGCUGACUGUGUUAUAGCUUCACUUUGUUUUUGCGGGUGUUGGUCCCAGCGCGGUUCGUCGUUGUAAAAACACUAGAUAAGUGUUGUAGCUCCUCUUUCUACAUCAGUCUGCAAAAUAACUCCACCUCCAAGCUUUAUAGUCGUGGUUUGAAUUUUGUCGAGUCUAACUCUGACUACACGACGCCUAUGUUAAAUUUUGGGAAAAAUUUUAUACAAUCGCUGUCAUCAAUUAAUUUUCUUGGUUGGCCGCGCCAGAUGAUGGCGAGCGUCGCAAUUUCAGAAAAAAUUAAAAAUAUUAAAAAUGUUGAGGGACUAAUUAAGUAUACUUGUUGUGCGCUUUGCGAGUAUGAAUUUGAUGCAGACCAAUACUAAUUAAAAAUGAGCUGAAGUCUUAGUCAUAGACAUCUUUUGGACAGCGAUUUCCGUUUUGAUUAUCCGUUAGCGAUAGCAUUUGCAUUAGCAAACGCUCUGUAAGUACUAGUCCUGUCGUGCCUGCGACUGCCGCGGCUACCGCACCACACUGCACUACCUACGACUAGGACUACCGCAAUAAAGAAUAUUGACGAAACAUGAACCGAGUAGAUGAGUGAACUCGGUUUAUUGUGUAGAUCAUGUGCGUUUUAAGUAUGAUUCCAUGUGGAAGUGAGCAAGGGUAAGUAGUUCUUGUUCGAGAGCCCCGCCAGAGUUUCGUGUCAGCGACGCGCUCGACAGUAGAGACCUCCAACAACUCCUUGCUAGAUCUUCUGCAAGUGCAAUCUAUUCGGCUUCAGUAAUUUUAAAAAUUUCGAAAUGGAAAUUGUAUUUUUCAUGAUCGGUGUUGAGGAACAAGUAAGCCAUUCGGCCGACGAGCGGAGAAAUAAGAAAGUGAAGCUUUAUAAUUGAGGUGGAUUCUAUUUGUCGAAGGGCUUCUUUUUUGCCUCAGACAGGAAAUAAGUUGAACUUGACUUCGAAAAAAAAACGAAUUUUACUACAGCGGUCGUGUGUUAUGGAGCAGGAAGGCUUCAAGUUGAUUCUGUCGUGUAUGAAAUUAAAGAAAAGCUAC